UAUCACAGAUCAGGCUUGCCGCGAGUGUACGUUAUUUAAGGUGUUCCAAGUGUUCCCAGUCUACCCUACAUCGGAGGCCACACAGCCCGAACACCCACAUUUGAUAUGCAACAGGCAACAAAAAAUCCUAAAUCUAAUUUGAAGACACGGGAACUAGUGCGCGUUUCAUAUAUAACAUCGCAGCAAUUAUUUUAAAACCAUACCGUAAUUAGACUGCAAAACUAUUUCCCUUGGGAUUUUGACCCAAAUGAAUAUGUAACUAAACACGGUUUGCGAAAAACAAAACGAAAACACAGGAUGGGCUUGCAGGGAGAAUGAUGUCUCAUAUCUGGGAUGGGGUGGGCGGAAUAAACAGAGUGGCCGUGCGGUCUGUACUCUGAAUCGAACGCGAGCCAGUAGUGAACAUACCAAGCUGACUUCCUUCUUUCUAAGGGAUUGUGUGAGAGGCCUCAAUCCCACACUGUGAAGCCACGGGCUAUCGUAAUGUCGGAGCCCAAGGCGCCCACUCCGACACCAGGAGACACUUACAAAGGCUGGCUUUUCAAAUGGACGAAUUACAUCAAGGGUUACCAGCGACGAUGGUUCGUUCUGAGCAAUGGUUUGCUGUCAUAUUACAGGACACAAGCAGAGAUGGGCCACACAUGCCGUGGUACCAUAAACCUGGCCACGGCCAACAUUGUUGUGGAGGACUCCUGCAACUUCAUAAUCUCCAAUGGUGGGGCGCAGACCUACCACCUGAAGGCCAGCUCUGAGGUGGAGCGCCAGCGCUGGAUCACCGCCCUCGAGCUGGCCAAGGCCAAGGCUGUCCGCAAUCAAGCAGAUCAGUCAGAUGAUUCUGGUGAUGAGUGUCCCAUGUCUUCCCCCUCCGCGGGUCAGAGUGGGGCAUCCCGGAACUCUGAGGUGCAGUCCACGUUACGUACACUCGGGAGCAAGGUGGAGGACCUCAGCACCUGCAAUGACCUCAUCGCCAAACAUGGCUCUGCCCUGCAAAGGUCCCUGUCAGAGCUGGAGGGUGUGAAGAUAGGUGGAGACACAGGUGACAAGAUUCGGCAGGUGACCGAGAGGGCCACUCUCUUUCGCAUCACUUCCAAUGCCAUGAUCAAUGCCUGCCGGGACUUCCUGUCUCUGGCUCAGGCCCACAGCAAGCGCUGGCAGAAAGCGCUGCAGGCGGAGAGGGAGCAGCGCGUGCGCCUGGAGGAGACGCUGGAGCAGCUGGCCAAGCAGCACAACCAUCUGGAGAGGGCCUUCAAGGGCGCCACCGUGCUGCCCCCCUCGCAGAGCCACCCCGCCACAGACAGCAAAGGAUCUAGCUCAGGAAAGGGAGAUGCCAGUGACGAGGAGGAUGAGAACGAGUUCUUUGACGCCAUGGAGGACCCGCAGGCGUUCAUCACUGUCCCUGCCGACCCCAAAUACCACAGGAGAUCGGGCAGUAAUGUCAGUGGGAUCAGCAGUGAGAUUGGAAUGGAUGACCAAUCGCUAGAUGAACAGUCGUUAGCGUCAAAUCCGGAGUCUCCUCAGCCGCAGGAGCUAGAGCCUGUGAAGAAGAGGCGGAUACGCAUACCAGACAAGCCCAACUACUCCCUCAACCUGUGGAGCAUCAUGAAGAACUGCAUCGGCAAGGAGCUCUCCAAGAUCCCCAUGCCUGUGAACUUCAACGAGCCCAUCUCCAUGCUGCAGCGGCUGUCUGAGGACCUUGAGUACUCAGAGCUGCUGGAUAAGGGGGCCAAGUGCCAGAGCUCCCUGGAGCAGCUGUGUUACGUGGCGGCCUUCACCGUCUCUUCCUACUCCACCACCGUGCACCGCACCGGCAAGCCCUUCAAUCCUCUGCUGGGGGAGACCUUUGAGCUGGACCGCCGCUAUGAGAGUGGCUACCGCUCGCUCUGUGAACAGGUGAGCCACCACCCCCCAGCAGCAUGCCAUCAUGCCAUCUCAGAGCGAGGCUGGACUCUGAGACAAGAGAUCACCCUCGCCAGCAAGUUCAGGGGCAAAUACCUCUCUAUCAUGCCCCUCGGCUCCAUUCACUGUGUUUUUGAGAAAAGCAACAAUCAUUACACCUGGAAGAAAGUCACUACCACUGUGCACAAUAUCAUCGUUGGCAAACUGUGGAUAGACCAGUCAGGGGAAAUAGAUAUUGUUAAUCACGAGACUGGAGACCGCUGUCACCUUAAGUUUGCACCAUACAGCUACUUCUCUCGAGAUGUGGCCAGAAAGGUGACGGGUGUGGUGACCGAUAAGGAGGGGAAGGCACACUACGUCCUGUCAGGCACGUGGGAUGAAAAGAUGGAGUUCUCCCGUGUCAUGCAGAGCAGCCGGGGAGACGAGAAUGGCACAGAGGGCCGCCAGAAGACUGUCUACCAAACACUCAAGGCCCGCGAGAUCUGGAGAAAGACCCCAUUGCCAGAGGGGGCCGAGAACAUGUACUACUUCUCCACACUGGCGCUGACGUUGAACGAGCUGGAGGAUGGCGUGGCCCCCACGGACAGCCGGCGGAGGCCAGACCAGCGGCUCAUGGAGCAGGGCCAGUGGGAGGAGGCCAACGCUGAGAAGCAGAGGCUGGAGGAGAAGCAGCGCAGCGUGCGCCGCGAGAGGGAGAGGGAGGCCCGCUCUGCCGACGUCGAUGAAGAGGCUGUCAUUGAGGACUCCAUUAAUGACACACCUUUGAAAACCGACGGAGAGGAAAUGACACCUGAACCUAUUGAAACUCCUGAGAAAAUUGAUGCAGAGGAAACCACCUCCUCUGACAUCUCCUCAUCAACUGAGACAUUGCCAGGCCCAUCAUCAUUUCAAAUCGAUGGCAUGGAGGGGCCUUAUGGAUGUCCGGUCAAAACUGUCCACCAAGACAACUACUCGGCUCAGUGGUUCGAUCACUUCGACGACCCGCACACCGGGGAGCAGACGCACCUCUACAAGGGUGGCUACUGGGAGGCCAAAGAUCAGGGCAGCUGGGAGAACUGCCCAGACAUCUUCUGAACACAGCAGACAAAUUGGAAUACCCUGAUGUCCAGCACCUCCGCAGAGGACUACCUGGACUACCGGAGGAUUACUCGGAAAUUUCACUGCAAAACUAUAGAUGCCCCCGACACCAGCCCAACCUGUCUCUCUCACUUGUUCUCUCUUUAGCCCCUUUGGGUGGGACCGUGCGGACACAACCAGGAAACUGUUCAUGCAGCAAGACUGGAGCCUCUUGCUGUGCCUUCAUUACCUUUUAUACGAGGCGGAAGAAAAGAAUAAAUACACAAGUAACACCCCUGACCACUUCAUCGCUCCCCACCCCCCUCUGUUCUCACAUUUUCCUCCAUUCUCUCCCUUUUUCUGCGUUUCUGAUUGGCUUAGAAUGGAGGGGGUGAUGCUCCUGUAGAUGGACCUCUUAGACACUAGAGAUUAUAACACUGUUUUUGCAAAUUGCAUCACUUUAAUGUGCAGUAUGGCGGGGAGUCUGCAGCCCCACCAAACUUCGGACUCAAACUCAACAGCUUGCUCCCUGCUCUACUCUUUCAUGGGUUAGUGGAUUUUCCCUGAGAAAGGAAAAAAAGGGGUGUUGUAUAUGAAGGGAUUUAAGAUGUGUGUGUGUGUGUGUGUGUGUGUGUGUGUGUGUGUGUGUGUGUCUGUCACCAGCCUAUGUUUGCACACACACCUUUUGUUUGGUGCAAGAAAGGGACCUCCACACUUGCUGUCUACCACCAUCACCUUCUCUGGACACCCUCAUUUGGCUUGCCCAGCAUGUACCCAGUAGGGGACAAAUCCACAUGUAAGCAACAUCCAAAAGUUUUAAUUUUCACCCCCUGGUGUGCCUCCAAAGAGACAUACGAGCCCAUUCUUUUUCUACAAGGUCUUUCUUUUCACCCAAACCAAAAGACUAAAUGUCCAUGGUGGUAGACACUCCAGUACAUAUGAGAACUGCCAAGGCCCUGUGGGUGCCAACAAGGGCCUGUGUGUAUGCACAAAGAGAGACAGCCAGACAUACAAACAAAGAUACUGCUCCCUUGUUUUUCUGGGGUUUGUUUUUCACUGUAUGUAUCAUUGCUGAAGUGUCUUUGAUUCUUAAAUGUGUAAGUGUCUGUUGCACUGAACACCUAAUGUAGCUUGUGCAACAUGAAGAAGAAUCAAGAAGAGACAAAGAAAAAAACGAUAGCAGAUGUUUAUCGUCAACUGAAGUCCUAACGGUAGUGCGAGUAGGGGGGCAGGUGGAGUGCUGGAGCUGGAGCAGGAGCUGAGUCCCUCCCUGCCUCAUAGGGACAUGGCAGGGCGAUGUGUUGCCUUGGCAACAUGUCGCAGAGGAUGGUUUCCCUGUGAGGGUGGGUUGGUGUUGUGCUGCAGCCACAGACCUUGAGGGUGGAGAAGUAUUAUCAUCAGUACCAUACCCAGAGGGGUAGGUGUGUAUUUGUGAGAUUUCCGCCGAGUGUUGACAACUGUAAAACAAAUGUGUGUGUGUGGCGCGUAUGUGUGAUGUGUGCAGCAUUAAUUGUAUGUUCUGAGAAGAAGAAAAAAUCACAUAUUUUCAAGUGUACUUAAAGAAAAAAACACAAAGAAACUAAGAACACAAAGCAAAAUAUUGCAAGUGUGUGUGUGUGUGUGUGUGUGUGUGUGUGUGUGUGUAUAUAUAAUAUAAUGAAGUAAUAAUUAUAAUAAUAUUAAAUUUGAUAUGACACUCAUAGUUAUAGCUAUAAUUACAAUAAUGGCAAUUGAUGUGUUUGGAAGGUGAUUCAUUUUGACUUCUGCUGUCAUUCAUGUUUUUUCUCUGAUUGGGCUGAACACUUACUUUCCUUCUGGUGUCUGUAACAGAGGAGCUUCUCAAUCUCAAACUAUUUGGGUUUCUGUGUGGGUUUCCCUCCGCAAAGUCACCUCUCCCUCCAUUUUUUUAUUUAGAUAUGGACAGUCAAUGGUUCUCUGCUGAUUUUUUUCCCCUUUUCCAUUCUGCUGCUUUAUGUAAGAAAAAAUAAUUGAUAUAUUUUGUGAGUUUACAUUUUUCUGUCUCUUUUUGUUUGUUUGUUUGUUUGUUUGUUUGUUUUUAUUUUCUCUGCAUUUUUCAUUGGACUUCUCAUCUUGUCAUUCCAUUCAUUCUCCCUGUUUCUGUUUUACACUGUCUGCUGUCCUUUUUUUUUUUUUCUCCUGUCUCAUUUUGUCAUUUAAUUUGGCCUCUGCAGUAUGUUGGUGCAGAGUGUCCGGAGUGUAACAGUGGCACUAGGUGACGAUGUAAUAAAGUCAGACUGGAGGAAAGGUUCGUAAGACCC